GGACAACCUUCCACCAGAGCAGUUAUAUCAGUUGUUGCACAGCAGGAAAGUGACCUUCACUAAGACAUUAUCCACAGGACAUUAAUCCCACUGCAACUCAAACCUGUCUGUCAGGUUUUUAUGUAAGAGAAUGGAUAUCCCAAAGGUCAGGGACUUUGACACCGUCACCUCUUUCCUGGGAUCCUGGGGACGCUUUCAGAUGAGGAUUUUUUUAGUGCUUUCCAUCAGCAUAAUUCCAAAUGGAUUUGUUGGCGUCUACAUCGUUUUUGUCGGCGCCACCCCGCCUCAUGAAUGCCAGAUUCCCGAGAAGAUCAGCAUCAGUGAGAUGUGGAGGAAUGUGUCAGUCCCACUGGAAACAGUCGAUGGCGUCACAAAGCGCAGCUCCUGCUGGAGGCUUAACCUGGAAACAGUCAGGAACUACUCUGAAAAGAACUUUAUCCCAGAUGUGGAUGUGAAUGUCAGUGAAAUUCCCCUGGAGACGUGUUUGGAUGGAUGGACAUACAGCAAAGACGUCUACCAGUCAACCAUCGUUACAGAGUGGGACUUGGUAUGUGAGAAUCAAUACAAAAACCCACUGACGACCUCCAUUCAUUACAUCGGAGUUCUGAUCGGAGUUCUGUUCUCAGGCCAGCUGUCUGACAGAUUUGGAAGGAAGCCCAUCCUGUUUGUCAUGAUGGCUGUUCAAACUGUGGGGCUAACAGCACAGAUCUUCUCUCCCAGCUGGGAGGUCUUUCUCCUAAUUUUCCUUUUUGUUGGUGCUGGGGGAUACUCCAACUAUGUCAUUGCUUUUGUUCUGGGAACUGAAGUUCUGAGCCCUAAAACCAGAGUGGUUUUCUGCUCACUGGGAGUAUUCAUGAGCUCAGCUUUGGGGUACAUGGCGAUGCCGGUAGUAGCCUUCUUUCUCCGUGACUGGCGGAUGCUGCUGGUCGCCAUGGCUGCCUCCGGCCUCAUCUACAUCCCUCUGUGGUGGUUUAUCCCAGAGUCUCCUCGCUGGCUGCUGAGUCAGGGGAGAGCGGCCGAAGCUGAUGUCAUUCUUAAAGAUGCAGCAAAGCUGAAUAAAGUCGAAGCUCCAGACGCCAUUUUUACACAACCAGAGAUUGAAAAAAUAUUGAUGAUGCGAGACAAGAAAUUCAACAUUCUGGUCCUUCUGAAAAGCUGCAACAUUUUCACCACAGCACUGCUUUCUUCAAGCUUGUGGAUGAUCGUCGCCAUGAACUACUUUGCUUUGAUCCUCAACACUUCAAACCUGCACGGCGACCCGUUCCUGAACUGCUUCCUGUCUGCUGCUACAGAGGUUCCAGCAUACAUCAUUGUCUUGUUGCUGCUGCGCUUCUCCUCCAGGCGCCUCUGUCAGUCUGUCACACUCUUACUUGGAGGCAUUAUGAUCAUUUGUGUUAACCUCAUUCCAAAAGAUUUACCUGCUGUGUCUGUGCUGCUGGAGAUGGUGGGAAAAUUUGGCAUCACAUCGGCUUUCUGUGUGUUGUACGCCUUCACGGCGGAGCUCUUCCCGACCGUGAUCAGGAAUACGGCCAUGGGAUGUUGCUCCACCGCCGCACGGAUCGGAACCAUCAUCUUCCCGUUCAUCAUUUAUCUAGGGUUUUACUUCAGGGCCCUUCCGUACGUAGUGAUGGGUGUUAUGGCCGUCUGUGGUUCUGGUUUCUGCUUCAUGCUGCCAGAAACCCAUGGAAGAGCUUUACCAGAGGCGCUAUCAGACAUGCAACAGCUGCAUGGGAACUGUGUGAAUAAGAAAAAGGAAGCAGAAAAUGAAGAGAACACACAUAUAUAAAUGUUAUUACAAAUCUGCUGCUUCUGCCAGAGAUUUCAUCUAUUUGUUGGGCUUGUUUUAAAGACUGACUGAAAAUAACUGAUUUACAUUUUCAGGGUUUUUUUUAAUGCCAUUACUUUCUUAUGAUUUUAUGAACAGACCAACACUUAAUUUUAAAUAAGCAGUAAAAUGAUACAAAUUGUCUAACAAAUAAAAAUCUGACAACUAGUCAUGCAUUUGUACUCACCAUCUUUACUUUGAUGCCCCUAAAUGA